CUGAACCAUCUCCUAAGCUGUCGUGGGCCCUUCUCCAGCUGCCUCAUGCCCCGACACGUGCCUGCAGAUCGAGAUCUCACCGCCCCCACACACGACUCACACACAAAGUGCACUUGGGCGCCUAGUGUUGCACAGGCAAAGCAAGUCUUCACGCCCUCCCUUUACUUCAUCGUUGGAAUUUCCAGCCGGCUCCAGCUAACCGCUCCCCAGCGGCAGGAGGAGGAGUUAGAAGGGCCCGCCCAAUUCUCUGGCGUACAUAACUAGCUCUACAGUGCUGCAGCUCCGCACUCAGCCUUACGCUUCGCUCAGAGCACUAUGUGUCACUCCCGAAGCUCCCAACCCACCAUGACCGUCCUGCGGGCUCCGACCCCAGUCCCUUCUACCAGCCCGGGCCCCCGACGAGGCUCCGGUCCCGAGAUCUUCACCUUUGACCCUCUCCCGGAGCCCGCAGCGGCCCCAGCCGCGCGCCCCAGCGCCUUUCGCGGGAACCGAAAACGCAGCCGCAGGGUUCUCUACCCUCGAGUGGUGGUCCGGCGCCAGCUGCCAGCCGAGGAACCGAACCCCGCCAAAAGGCUCCUCUUUCUCCUGCUCACAAUCAUCUUCUGCCAGAUUCUCAUGGCUGAAGAGGGUGCGCCGGCGCCCCUGGCUUCGGAGGAUGCCGCCAGCGCCACGUCCCCGGCGCCCACCCUUGCGCCCCCGGUCUUCGAGCCCCUUAAUCUAACCUCGGAGCCCUCGGACUACGCCCUGGACCUCAGCACUUUUCUCCAGCAACACCCGGCGGCCUUCUAACCGUGACCUCCCACACACCCAGAAAAGAACCUGAAAAAACAGAAUCACCAGGCGUACCUGGUGCUCGAGAGCGUAUCCCAAACUGGGACUUCCGAGGCCACUCAAACUCAACACUACAGGGAGACGCCAGCGGUGCUUGGGGAGAGACGAAGGCCUGGACACGCCGAGGCUAGGCCCGUGGGGGAGGAGAGGUCCUUAACUUAUUUCUCAUUGCUUCUAAUUAAUAUUUAUAUGUAUUUAUGCAUAUCCUCCUAGGUGAUGGAGGGGCGUAUGUAAUAUUUAUUUUAACUUAUGCAAGGGUGCGAUAUGUGCCCCUGCUGUAAAUGCAGAUCAACGGGUAUUUAUCGAGCUUUGUGGGGCUGGUGGAGGCAGGGCACCUAGAACUGGGCAGUGGGAGAAGGAAUGGGAAGAGUGGGGGAGGACUCCCGGGCUGGAGUCAAGGAUGGGGGCGGGUCGUAGGUUUAGGGGUGACACUCUCCGUCCUCUAGCAUCUCAACUCUGCCGGUCUACCGUGUGAAGCUUCGGCCAGCUGUUGGGAAUAAGAUCCCUGGCCUUCGACCUCCUGGAAGUUGCCCCUAAGGGGAAGCUGCGGGGUUGGGGUCGGUGGGCUAUCAGGGGGCGGCUGCCGGGGUCGCCCAGUAUGUUCUGUGAACACAAAUAAACUUGGAUUUACGAUCAGCA